GGCCGGCCCGCUGCCAUGGAAACGGGCGGCCCGGAGGAGCGGGACGGAGCGGACCGGCGGCGGCAGGAGGGCGGGGACGGCCCUCCCGACAGCGCCGACGGCUCCGUGCUGGCGGCCGAGCCGCAGCAGCCGCCCCCCGGCAAGCUGAGGAAAACGGCCUUCAAGCUGUUCGGGGGCAAGCGCAGCAUCUGCACCCUGCCCAGCUUCUUCGGCGGCCGCGGCAAGAAGGGGCUCAGCAAGUGCAAGACCCACGACGGGCUGAGCAGCGCCGCCUGUGACAAGGGCGGUGCGGCGCGGCCGGGCAGCCCCGCCGAGGGCGGCAGGGACGGGCAGCCCGGGCCCCUGCCCGGCUCCCGCAGCGCCCAGCUGGCCCCGGACAGCGGCGGCAGGGCGGAGCCGGGCCAGCAGGACGGCUCUCCCCCCGGCAGCAUCGAGGGCUGUGACAAAAAGCCCAACGGAGAGAAAUCCUCGUGCCCCAGACCCAAGAAGGGGCUGAAAGGGUUUUUUAACAGCAUCCGGCGGCACCGGAAGAGCAAGGCAGCCGAGAGUGAGAAGGCGGAGCUCCCCGAGUGGAGCGGGGACACUGAGGAGGCCGGGAAUGCCCCUGGGAUGGGAGCAGAGAGCCGAGGGGCCGUGGAGAGCAGGGGAGCAGGGCCGGGCCCUGAGGCCACGGCCGGCCCAGGGGACUCGGGGGGCGACUCCAGCUGUGGGGAGGCCACCGAGCCCACGGGCCCCGCAGCUGAUGGAGGCACCCCCGAGGGUGACACGGUGGCCGUGCCAGGGAACGGGGACGUUCCAGAUACAAAAUCAGAGCCUGAGGCUGCUGCCUGUGCUGAGUUUGACCGUGAGAGUUUGCUGCUGGCCUUCCACCCUGACUUCAUGGACAGCGAGCCUCCCUGCCUGCACUCCGGGGACCUGCUGAGCCUCAUGCUGGGGGACGUCACCUCCCUGAAGAGCUUUGACUCGCUGACGGGCUGCGGGGACGACAUCGCCGAGCCCGACAUCGCCGAGAGCAGCAUCUCUGUGGAGCGCGGCCGCGACGCCGCCAAGCGCAGCUCCUGCCUCGUCACCUACCAGGGCGGGGGCGAGGAGAUGGCCAUCCCCGAGGAGGCUGAGGAGUACCUGCAGCAGGUGUGGGACAGCGGCGUGCCGGGGGACAGCAGCUACGGGGCCCAGGUGUCCAGCAGCAGCCUGGAGACGCACGCCUCUCACGAGGCCGAUGCCAACCCCUACGUGGGCGAUGCCGUGGAUGGCGUUGACCUCCUGACGCCCCAGAGCGACCAGCAGGAGUCUGCCCCAAACAGUGAUGAGGGGUAUUACGACUCCACCACGCCAGGGCCAGAGGAUGAGGCUGGAGAGGAGCUCAAGAAGGACCGGCUGCCCCGGGACAGCUACAGCGGCGAUGCACUUUAUGAGUUUGACACCCUGAUGAGCCCCUCUCACGGGGAGGAAUCCCUGUUCGAGGGCAAAGUCCCACGCCAGGGCAUCUUCAGCUACUUCAUGGACUUCUGCCUCCCUGCAGAGAAGAGCCUGAUCCAGCAGAUGAUGGAUCAGAAAAGAGGGCUGAUGGAGAGUGAAGAGGAGGGGCUUGCAGCCAUUCAGAAAGAGCUGCUGUACUGGGAGCUGCAGAGGGAGCCGGUCCUGAAACGCCUGGAUGUCUCCAGCAAGGAGAAGUGUCCCCGGGAGAAGCAGUGCAUUGAAUGUAAAACCAGAGCAGCCAGCUCCACUGGCAAGAGCCAGAGUGGCCUUGGGAGUGAGCAGGUGGCCUCACACACCCCAGGCCGGGCUGUCAAUGGUGGGGUUGCAGUGGCUAGGGCUGAAAAUGCAGAGUGGAGGGAUUUUCCAGGGACUCGGUGUCUGGAAAACUGUUACAACAGCCAAAAAGCCCCUGGAAGUUGCCUUAUUCAGCUCACAAAGAACAGCCCGGGGUUCGAUGCAGACCUGGACUGUGGGAUGUUUGGGGACCCCGUCCAUGGCAGCAAGGCAGGGAUGUUCCCUGGGUUCAGGCUGCCCGAGCAGGAGCACGGUGGUGGAGCAGAGCCCGGUCCUGGUGAGCCCCAGGUGGGCAGCGAGCCCGAGCACGCUGUGAACUUCUCCCAGGCUCUGGUGGAGUUUGCCAGCAGCGGGACCCUCUUCUCCAGCCUCUCUGAGAGCCUGGGGAGCUCGGCCUCCAGCUCGUCCUUCACCCAGAACCUCCCUGCCCUCCCCACCAUGGUCACCUUCGACGUGGUGGACGUGGAGCAGGACGGGGAAGGGGAGUGUGAGCAGCACCCGGAGCUGACGGCGGGCGAGGACAUCGCCGAGGCCUUUGACGAUGGCUACGGACAGAAAGAGUCCUUGGCUGAAUGUGACGAGAGAAUGUCCCUGGCCUUCUCCCCGGGCUCCUUCCAGAGCUGCAACUGGGGCGUGGCCAGCCUGCCCCGCCACCUGCGCCUGCACGGCCUCAGCCCCUCCAUGCCCGCGCCGCUCUCCGUGGACCGGCGGAGCCGCUCGCUGGACACCGAGAGCCUGGAGUUCGAGCUGGCCGAGCCGCCCGGGGCCCGCAGCGCCCCCCAGCCCUGCCGGCUCUGGGCCAGGAAGGACUCUGCCGGAGCCAGGAGGAGCAGGAGCAAGGAGGAGGGCGAGCUGCUGGCUCCCGAGGGUGGCCCGAGCUGGCCGGGCCUGCGGCACCUCCAGCGCGGCCCCGAGGCGGCUCCCGGCGGGAUGGAGCUCUGGGACUUGGCCCCGGCUGGCGCUGUGGAGAGCGUCUGGGAGCCCUCGGAGCCGCCGGACACCGUGUCCCCGUUCCUGCCUCUGUCCCAGUGCGGUGCCGUCGGGGAGGCUCCGGAGCGGCGGCCGCAGGAGGCGGAGCUGAGCCGGCUCCCGCUCCGGCCCUCCAACCUCCCCCUGCAGGCCGAGCCCAGGCGGGCCCGGGAGGCGGCCGGCUCCUUCCGCUACCCCGGCGAUGUCCCCAAGCUGUCCCGCCUGCUGCCCCUGGGAGAGGCAGAGCUGCCCCCGAGCUUUGGCUUUGCCUGCUCCCCGGAGCACCGUGCCAGGGGCAAACCUGUGGGCAUUGCCCAGGGCGUGCCACAGCAUCCCGGGAACGGCAGCGGGGACAGCGAGAGCCCGGAGCGCUGCACCGAGCCCCUCAAGGGCAGGGCCACCCCGGGGCAUGGCCCCUGCCGGGCCACCGUGUGCACUGUCACCCAGGCUGAGUAGCUGCAGGAACAUCACCCUGUCACCCAGCUGAGGGGCUGCAGGAAUGUCACCGUGUCACCCAGCUGAGGGGCUGCAGCAAUGUCACCCUGUCACCCAGCUGAGGAGCUGCAGCAAUGUCACCGUGUCACCCAGCUGAGGAGCUGCAGCAAUGUCACCGUGUCACCCAGCUGAGUGUCUGCAGGAAUGUCACCGUGUCACCCAGCUGAGUGUCUGCAGGAAUGUCACCCUGUCACCCAGCUGAGGGGCUGCAGCAAUGUCACCGUGUCACCCAGCUGAGGGGCUGCAGCAAUGUCACCCUGUCACCCAGCUGAGGGGCUGCAGCAAUGUCACCGUGUCACCCAGCUGAGGGGCUGCAGGAAUGUCACCGUGUCACCCAGCUGAGUGUCUGCAAGAAUGUCACUGUCACCAAGCCAAAAGGCUGCAGGAAUGUCACCGUGUCACUCACCACGCUGAGGCUGCUCUGGGCAGGAGUGAAGGGGAGCAAAGGGAGGGAGAAAACUGGGAGCAGUUUGGGGAGGACUUGAGUUGAGCUGGGCUGAUGCUCCUCUCCUGCAAACAUCCGUGGCCUUGCCCCUGUGGAUGCUCUGGAAGCAGCUUGGAGCUGCCUCCAGGAUUCCUGCAUCACCACUGAGGCACUUUGUGGUUUUCCAGCCCUCUCCAGCACCAAGUGCAGCAGCAGCCCCUGGCAGGAGCUGGGAUGGACCUGCUGCUGGUGUGGCAGGCUGGGGUUUGUGCAGGGCUGGGGGAACAGGCCUUGGGCAGAGUUUUGAGGGAAAUGGGGCUGUUUUCCUCAUGUGGGUGAAAUGUUUUGGUUCACGCUCACUUUGAAUGUCUUCCAGCCCAGGCUCAGUGUGGGGAACAGGGAGGAACGUGCUGCUUGUUCCAGAGUGAGGAUGGGCCAAGGCAGCUGGAAAGGGGAACUUUGCAGCAAUGUUUUUAUUUAUUUGAUUUAUCCUUGCCCCAGAGGAAAGCAGGAGCUUUUGUGUGUGUGCUGAUAACAUUCUCCAGGUCUAGUUUCAAUUUGCUCAGAAAGAUGUGCUGUCCGUGGUGUCCCUUUGAAGAACAAAGUGUUGGUCCCUUCUUUGUUGUGGUGUGUCCUGACGGUGCAGAAUUCCUGGUGGAAUCCUUUCCUGGGCUCCUGGCCUCUCCAGGGCCAUGGGGACAGGGCUGAGUGAGGCCUUUGAAAUAAGCUACAUUUGCAUCAUGCCUGUAGCUGUGAAGUGGCAGAUGAUGUUACUUUCUCAAAAGGAAGCUUUGUGGCUUUUUAAUUUUAUUUUAUUAUUUUAAGAUUGUUUUCUUUGCAUAAACCCACAGGAGGGAAGUUUUGUGUUCCUUGGAAUUUGGGAUGGGCCACAGCUGCAUUGGGCUUCUCUCCUGUCUGGAGGGAACAAAAAGCCUGGAAGCUGCUGGAGGGUUGGGAUUUUUUGCCUCUUUGAGGGAAUGUGGAGGAGGGACACAGCUGAGGGGACAGACUGUGCUGUGAGCUCUGUGGCAUCUGUGCCAGGCUCCUGGUCCCCUCUGUGAUCCCAAACCCCAAUCCAUGACACAAAGCUGCUUCCCUGUCCUGUGCAAGCUCUGUGUUCUGAUUCAAUUCCAUUACCAGUGAUUUUUAUUUCCCCCACCUCGUUGCCCUUUCUCUAUUUUUCUUUGCAGCAGAGUUUGUAGCAUUCAAAAGAAAUAAUCCCCAAGUGGGAAUACUGGAGUUUUACCACAUGUGUGGAGUGAGGGAUGGCUCUGCUUGGCCAGACUCCAUUUUCCUGCUGAGUGCUGCCCUGCUGGGUCACCCUCGUGCUGCUCCUGCUCCACAUGGACGUGGCUCCAUCAGCUGCCAUCCCUGCAUUUCCAGCCACAAGGAGCUGCUUUGGGUUUGAUGGGUUUUUCCCCCACAAGCAAAAUGAGGUUUUGAUAUUCCUUUUGAGAACAGAUUCCUCUGCCCUGCCCUUGGGUGUGUGGGAAGGAGCAGGGAGGGCAGGGCAGGGCUGCUUCAGCCUCUGUGUGUGCUGUGCUCGUCCUGCUGAGGCAGAGCAGAUCCAUCCCUGCAUCCAGGGGCUCACACCUGGAUUUUUCCAUGUUUUCCUGGCAGCUGCUGGGCCAUGGUUCUGUUCCCUCACCCCUCUGGGACACCAGGGAGGGUUUCCUGGGACACACCUGGCUGUUGGUGCCACUGCCACCCCUGGGGGACAAUGGUGAAAGUGCCCUCGUUAGCACAGCGGCUAAUGAGCAUGGGAUAUCCCUCCCUGGAGCAAGGGCAGGGCAGCUCUGUGCCCAUCCCACCCCAAGCCACGGGCACACCCUGCUGGGGACACCACAGGGCCACUGUCACCCCCUCACACCCUGCCUGGGUUCAGUCCCUGCUUUAUUUCCUUUCAGCAUCUCACCAAAGGCAUCUGGGGGGGUUCCAGGCUCUGGAGCUUUGUUCAGCCAAAGUCCUGCUGGGGGCUGGCAAUGUCUGGGUGCUACAUGAAUGUUCCAGGGUGUCCCUGGGGGGCUGGCAAUGUCUGGGUGCUACAUGAAUGUUCCAGGGUGUUCUGGGAUCCUGGGGGAGCUUCACAGCCAAGGCUUGGCCAUCUGACUUCAUACCAAAGGUUUCUCCUCUUAAUUCGAUGGGAAUUCAAUGAGGCAAAUAUCUCUGGAAUUCAAAUGAGUUUUCCUAACGCAGUUUAGUCACUAAUUUGCUGGAUUAUUGGCAGAUUCUGCCCCAUUAACCCAAAGAAAUUGGAAUUUCUAGUGCAGUAAUUCAGCCUGGCAAUGAUGACUGCAGUAGGGAUUGGAUUUCACUGCCUGCUGAGCCACUCUUCCCAACAAUCCCCCCUUGGCAUCGAUGGGAACAAAGCUGGGCUGGAGCUGGGUCAGCCCAACACUGCCUUACCCCAGGAGCUCCCAGCUGGGGUGGCCACUGAGGCUUCUGAUGCAAAAGGGCUUCCCAAGCAGAAACCAGUCACAAAGUCAGGAGCAGAGAAGGUCCUGCCAGGAUAUUUAGGGAAAAACGUGAGGAAUUCACCUGUUCCUGCAGGGAAGUGAGGGGCUGGGGCUGUGGAGCUGGGGUGGAAGCACUGCCCAGAGGUUGUGUUGCAUUCUGGGGACUUGGGGGUUUUCUUUUGUUUGUUUGUUUUUAUACACAUAAGAAAACGGUCAAUUUUCUCUAUUUUUGUAUAGUUUUGCAUUUUAUAAUCAUGGGGAAAUUUUACAGACUGUUCUUUUACUCGUGUGUCUUUGUCUUUCCAAGUGCUGUGGUUUGCUUUUCCCGUGGAUAAAAGGCCAUUCCUGCUGCUGCUGUGCCCAGAUCCCACCUGCUCCCUGGGAAUGUGCCCCCAGGCCUCACAAACACACUUUGCACACACUUGAGAUGUCCUUAACCCUCCUCUGUCACACUCAGCUGUCCCUUCUUUGCUUUUCAGUGUUGUUUUUAAUCUGAAUCUCUGGAUUUUGGUCAUUUCUCCCUCCAAAUGUUAUAAAAUGCUCACAGGUUCCAGCUGAGGCUUUUCCUGCUGUCUGCUGAUGUUAUUUUAUCUCAAAUUUGUGCUUUCCUUCAAUCCUUGUGCAGGAGAUGCUGUUGGUGCAUGGAGAUGCUCUUGGACAGGUUUCCUCUCCCCUGGCCAGGCUGGGAUUUCACCCUGGUGCCUGAGGAUUGCUCCUUAAAUAAUCCUGGGAUUAGCAGGGCUCCCCACCUUCCCCUCCCUCCCUCUCCAGGGAGCUCCAGCCUGUGCUCUGCCUCACCAAAACAUCUCCCUGCAAUGACACUGCCUUCAACUUCAGCAUCAGAGCAGAGCACAGCUUCUGGAAUGCUCAAAUCAGAUUUCCCCUCUUUUUCCCCCAGCAGAGGUGGCAAUUGUCACUGAUUUGGCUCUGCAGAGAUUUUUUUUUUAUCUUCUAAUUAAUAACUUCUCACCUGAUGGUGCUUUUAAAAGUUUCUCUGGUUUGGGUUUGCCCCAUUCCCCACAGGGAUGGGUGGGAAGGUUUCUCAUUGAACAUUCCUGGGGCACUCAGACCCACUUUCCACAUUCCCUCUGGCCUGGAAUUCUGGGCUCCCUCCUCUCCAGCUGGGGCCUCCUGCUCUUCUCACCCACCCUGAGCCACCCCAAAGCUCCAUUUGGGUGAAGUGAGAAAUUCAGAUAUCCCAAAAAGCCUCUCAGUUGUAAGGGAAUAAUGAAUUAGCCCUUGUCCUCAGCUGCCCCUCCCUGCUGCCAGGCUGGCAGCUCCUCCCAGGUGACCAACCUGGCUGAAUUUGGGUUUUUUGUUUCCUCCCUGGUCUCAUUGCUACUAGUCCUUUCAAGUUUUUAAUGUAUUGAUUGUGUUUUAAAAAUGAAUGUUCCUUUCACUGAAUUCUAAUGAAUAAACUGCAGAUUUUUAGAGAACAUUGGA